AUGUCUACUUCCUGUUCCUCUUGUUGUUAUUGGAUUCUAAUACUUGCCUUUUUCACAAAAAAUAUUGACCGAAGUUUGUCACAUCCAGCAAAAGCUGAUCGAGCUCGUGGUAGUGUCGAUAUCGGGCCAUGUGUGUGGGUCCUCGAUCGCGAAUGUCCCGAUCCUGAUGUCAAAUUUUACUUGUUUACGCGAGAAAAUCCCGAAGAUCGUCAAUACGUUCACGUGGACAAGACCUUGGAAGAGUCUAACUUGACAAAUUCCUAUUUUGAUCCAUUUAAUCCGGUGAAAAUUAUCAUUCACGGGUACAAUGCUGACAUGUUUCUCACUCCGUUGAUCGACAUGAAGAAGGAAUAUUUGCUGCGAGGCGAGUAUAAUUUAUUUUACGUGGAUUGGAGUGUUUUAGCAAUGGGGCCUUGUUACCCGUCUGCCGUUCAUAAUGUGAAGCAUAUUGGGGAUUGUGUUGGUCAAUUGGUGAAUCGGAUACUGGAUGCAGGCACAGAUAACAUUCAUCUCGUGGGAUUUAGCUUGGGAGCGCAAGUUACGAAUUAUGCAUCGCGUGCUGUGGCUCCUUAUAGACUUCCGAGGAUAACGGGAUUAGAUCCUGCGAUGCCAUUGUUCAUUACUUCGAGUCCCGAUGAGAAGUUGGAUGCAUCGGAUGCGGAAUUUGUGGAUGUUAUUCACACAAAUGCACUUGUUCAGGGAAAAAUGGAGCGCUGUGGUCAUGUCGACUUCUACAUGAACGGAGGAAUAAUUCAACCAGGUUGCAUGGCAAUGGGAACAAAUCCCUUUGCUUGCAGUCAUCAUCGCGCUCCCGAUUACUACAUGGAAUCCAUUCGCAGUUUUGCCGGUUUUUGGGGAUGGUCUUGCGAAAGUUACAUCUACUACUUGCUCGGAUACUGCCCGCCCAAAAAUCCCCUCAUCAUGGCUGGCGAAGAUUGUCGUCCCGAUACCAAAGGAAUGUUUUUCAUAACAACAAACGCUGCCAACCCCUUCGCUCUUGGAAAGUGGCAGGAUUUAUCUCAAGACUCACAAAUACCAGAAAUCCCGAAACCACUGAGGAAUCGCAACCCGUUCGACUUGGAGAUCGACCAAUGGGGCAAACUCGAGUACGAAUUUAAUGACAUUCCGUCGAGCCAUUUCGAGAGAGAUCCGUUGAUGGAUAAUUGGAUCAAAUAUAUCAAACCAAAACCCGUAAAAGGACAUAAUUUUACGCUAGAUACAAUGAGAAAAGAAGAAAACUCAACGAAAAAAGUUGUGAAUGUGAGAGAAAAUUUCAUGCAAGAGUAUAAAAGGAACAUCACGAGAGGCGUUCAUCCGCACCAAGUGUUUCAAGUGCCACAUAUCAGCUGA